CCGCGCUCGCCCCUGCUCCCCGCCAGCAUCACUUGUCCCGCGGCCGCGCUCCGACAACAAAAGCGGAGGAUGCUGCAGCUGGGCAAGGUCAGGACCUUGCUCUGAAGCCGGGCGGCGGCGCGCACGCCUUUCCCCCGACUGAGGAGCUGUCUUUGGCUGCGGGUGCAUGUUCGCCAGGAAGCAGUCGGGCGCCGCGCCGUUCGGAGCUAUGCCUGUCCCAGACCAGCCUCCUUCAGCCUCAGAGAAGACCAGCUCCUUGAGCCCAGGCUUAAACACCUCCAAUGGGGACGGCUCUGAGACAGAGACCACCUCUGCCAUCCUCGCCUCUGUCAAAGAACAGGAAUUACAGUUUGAAAGGCUGACCCGAGAGCUGGAGGCUGAACGCCAGAUCGUGGCCAGCCAGCUGGAGCGAUGCAAGCUUGGCUCGGAGACGGGAAGCAUGAGCAGCAUCAGUUCAGCAGGAGAGCAGUUUCACUGGCAGACACAAGAUGGACAGAAAGACAUCGAAGACGAGCUUACAACAGGCCUAGAGCUGGUGGACUCCUGCAUCCGCUCUCUGCAGGAGUCAGGAAUACUCGACCCCCAGGAUUACUCUGCAGGUGAAAGGCCCAGCCUGCUCUCCCAGAGUGCACUUCAGCUCAAUUCCAAACCUGAAGGGUCUUUCCAGUAUCCGGCCAGCUACCAUAGCAACCAGACCCUGGCCCUGGGUGACACAGCCCCUUCUCAGCUCCCAGCACGCAGCACACAAGCCCGAGCUGCCGCCCAGAGCUUCAGCCAGCCCGCGCGGCGGCGCGGGGGCUCCCCGCUGACCGCCACGCAGGGCGGCUCGCCCACCAAGCUGCAGCGCGGAGGCUCGGCCCCUGAGGGUGCCGCCUACGCCGCUCCGCGAGGCUCCUCACCCAAGCAGUCGCCCAGCCGCCUGGCCAAGUCCUACAGCACCAGCUCGCCCAUCAACAUCGUCGUGUCCUCGGCCGGCCUGUCCCCUAUCCGCGUGACCUCGCCCCCCACCGUGCAGUCCACCAUCUCCUCUUCGCCCAUCCACCAGCUGAGCUCCACCAUCGGCACCUACGCCACCCUGUCGCCCACCAAGCGCCUGGUCCACGCGUCCGAGCAGUACAGCAAGCAUUCGCAGGAACUGUAUGCCACGGCCACCCUCCAGAGGCCGGGCAGCCUGGCAGCUGGGUCCCGAGCCUCAUACAGCAGCCAGCAUGGGCACCUGGGCCCCGAACUGCGGGCCCUGCAGUCCCCAGAGCACCACAUAGACCCCAUCUAUGAAGACCGUGUCUAUCAGAAGCCCCCUAUGAGGAGUCUCAGCCAGAGCCAGGGGGACCCUCUGCCGCCUGCACACACUGGCACCUUCCGCACGAGCACAGCCCCAUCUUCCCCCGGUGUCGACUCCGUCCCCUUGCAGCGCACAGGCAGCCAGCACGGGCCACAGAAUGCCGCCGCAGCCACCUUCCAGAGGGCCAGCUACGCUGCUGGCCCCGCCUCCAACUACGCCGACCCCUACCGACAGCUGCAGUAUUGCCCCUCCGUUGAUUCUCCGUACAGCAAAUCGGGCCCUGCCCUCCCACCCGAAGGCACCUUGGCCAGGUCCCCAUCCAUUGACAGCAUUCAGAAAGAUCCCAGGGAGUUUGGAUGGAGAGACCCGGAGCUGCCUGAAGUGAUACAGAUGUUGCAGCAUCAGUUCCCUUCCGUUCAGUCCAAUGCCGCAGCUUACUUGCAACACCUCUGUUUCGGAGACAAUAAAAUUAAAGCAGAGAUAAGGAGACAAGGAGGCAUCCAGCUCCUGGUGGACCUGCUGGACCACCGGAUGACGGAAGUCCACCGCAGUGCCUGUGGGGCUCUGAGGAACUUGGUGUAUGGGAAGGCUAAUGAUGACAACAAGAUCGCCCUGAAAAACUGUGGUGGCAUUCCAGCGCUGGUGAGGCUGCUUCGCAAGACCACAGACCUGGAGAUCCGGGAGCUGGUCACAGGAGUCCUGUGGAACCUCUCCUCGUGUGAUGCACUCAAGAUGCCAAUCAUCCAGGAUGCCCUGGCGGUGUUGACCAACGCGGUGAUUAUCCCCCACUCGGGCUGGGAAAACUCACCUCUUCAGGACGAUCGGAAAAUACAGCUGCAUUCAUCACAGGUGCUGCGCAAUGCCACUGGGUGCCUAAGGAAUGUAAGUUCAGCUGGAGAGGAGGCCCGCCGGAGGAUGCGGGAGUGUGAUGGGCUCACGGAUGCCUUGCUGUAUGUGAUUCAGUCUGCGCUGGGGAGCAGUGAGAUCGAUAGCAAGACCGUUGAAAACUGUGUGUGCAUCUUGAGGAACCUCUCCUACCGGCUAGCAGCAGAAACGUCUCAGGGACAGCACAUGGGCACAGACGAGCUGGACGGGCUGCUCUGUGGGGAGGCCAACGGCAAGGAUGCGGAGAGUUCCGGGUGCUGGGGCAAGAAGAAGAAGAAAAAGAAAUCCCAGGACCAGUGGGAUGGAGUAGGACCUCUUCCAGACUGUGCAGAACCACCCAAAGGGAUCCAGAUGCUGUGGCACCCAUCCAUAGUCAAACCCUACCUCACACUGCUCUCUGAGUGCUCAAACCCAGACACGCUGGAAGGGGCAGCAGGCGCCCUGCAGAACUUGGCUGCAGGGAGCUGGAAGGGCUGGGCUGAGGAUGUGGCAGGCAUGGCGUAUGCCCUACGUUCACUGCCAGAGGGGGCUCCCUGCCUGCCACAGUGGUCUGUCUAUAUCCGAGCUGCUGUCCGGAAAGAGAAAGGCCUGCCCAUCCUUGUGGAGCUCCUCCGAAUAGACAACGACCGUGUGGUGUGUGCAGUGGCCACGGCGCUCCGGAACAUGGCCUUGGAUGUCAGAAAUAAGGAGCUCAUCGGCAAAUACGCCAUGCGAGACCUGGUCCACCGGCUCCCUGGAGGGAACAACAGCAACAACGCAGGGAGCAAGGCCAUGUCAGAUGACACCGUGACAGCCGUGUGCUGCACCCUGCACGAAGUGAUCACCAAGAACAUGGAGAAUGCCAAGGCCUUACGGGAUGCUGGUGGCAUCGAGAAGUUGGUCGGCAUCUCCAAAAGCAAAGGAGAUAAGCACUCUCCAAAGGUGGUUAAGGCUGCAUCUCAGGUCCUAAACAGCAUGUGGCAGUACCGAGAUCUGAGGAGUCUCUACAAAAAGGAUGGAUGGUCACAAUAUCACUUUGUAGCCUCAUCUUCAACCAUUGAGAGGGAUCGACAAAGGCCCUACUCCUCCUCCCGCACACCCUCCAUCUCUCCUGUGCGUGUGUCUCCCAACAAUCGCUCAGCAAGUGCCCCAGCUUCACCUCGGGAAAUGAUCAGCCUCAAGGAAAGGAAAACAGACUAUGAGUCCACUGGCAACAAUGCCACCUACCACGGAACUAAAGGAGAACACACUUCCAGAAAAGACACCAUGACAGCUCAAAACACUGGAGUCUCGACUUUGUAUCGGAAUUCCUACGGUGCGCCCGCUGAAGACAUCAAACACAACCAGGUUUCAGCACAGCCUGUCCCCCAGGAGCCCAGCAGGAAAGACUAUGAGACCUACCAGCCGUUUCAGAAUUCCACACGAAAUUACGACGAGUCCUUCUUUGAGGACCAGGUCCACCACCGCCCUCCAGCCAGCGAGUACACCAUGCACCUGGGCCUCAAGUCCACGGGCAACUAUGUCGACUUCUACUCCGCUGCCCGCCCUUACAGCGAACUGAACUACGAAACGAGCCACUACCCGGCCUCGCCCGACUCCUGGGUGUGAGGGAGAGGAGCCAGGCCACGCGCGCGAGGCACUCCGGGAACAGUGCAUGUGCAUGCAUACCACGGGACAUUCCGUUUCUUUUCUUUUCCUUUUUUCCCCCCUGCAGAUUUAGUUUGUUAAAGCCUGUUCCAUAGGAAGGCUGUGAUAACCAGAAAGAAAUACUCAGAGCUAUUUUAGAAAGCGAAAUGAAUUGAGAGUUAACUGGGAAAUCGAGAGGAGGCUAAGCGCCCUCCUAAAUGUGACCAUAUUCAACACCUUUCUAGUUUGAGCUGUAGAGGUUUCCAAGUGCUUUAUAGGUCAUGCUGUGAAGGAAGGAGGGAGGAGACAGUCAGGGUGGUGGGCCUGGAGGUUAUCACAAAGCACAAGACAGAAUAGUUUCCACUAUGGGGGCCGGCUUCUCACGCUUCCUUACUCCCUUCAUCCGUGUGACUCUAGGCUUCCAGUUACAUUGGGGUUUCUCUGUACAGCAAGACGUCUCUUGCCUUUUGUUAAUGCAUUGUUGUAAAGUAUUCAAUGUACAUUACAGAUUAAAGAAGAAGACAGCAUUGUGUAUAUUACACCAAUGCCGCCGUGUUUCCUCAUCAAUGGUUCUAAAUAUUGCUUCAAUUUCAAACUUUUGAAAGAUGUAUGGAUUUCCAGUUUUCUUUUCAUUUCUUUCUCCCAGUAUGUUUUAACAAAAAAGAAGAAAAAAAAAACAGGAAAAAAAAGGAAUAUUUAGCAGUAUUGUUCGUUCUGAUGUGUGAUGUUUGUGGCAACUAAACAAGGCAUCCAGCAGUUUCUCACAGCUAACACGUCAUUCCACAUCCUUGUCAACAAAGUGCUUUUUCACUGCCCAGAAUUUUAGAUGUAGAUAUUUGAAAUAGAUUUUUUUCAUUUAUACCAGUUUUCUUUAUGAUGAUACAGUGUUAAAAGAAAAUAAAUUACAAUUGAUCUGUCAUCCAUAUUUGCUAAGAAUGUCUGUUUCCAUGGACCAAUCUUACAGAAUACACACUCUUGCUCGUG